AUGAAGCUCUCAACCGCCUUGACGCUGGGUGCUGCGGUCCAGCUCGGCUCGGCCGCCGCCGUGCCUCAGCAGGCUCCUCUUGUUAGCCAGCCUCUGCACAGCCAGCCGCUGAACAAUAAGCCUUUGGAAAACACGCAGCUGUCAUCGGAAAAGUAUCUGAUCGAGCUGGCGCCGUAUCAGACCCGAUGGGUGACCGAGGAAGAGAAGUGGGAGCUGAAACUCGAUGGAGUGAACUUUUUGGACAUCACCGAGGAGCAUAGAACCGGAGUCUACCCCAAGUUUUUCCAAAGCAAUGCCGUCCACUACCCUCGCAAGCUCUCUUUCAACGACACGGUCAAGACACUGUCCGAGAACCUCGACAAGAACAACAUGAGGAAGAACCUGGAGAAAUUCACUUCGUUCCACACCAGAUACUACAAAUCCAAAACCGGGAUUGAGUCUGCUAACUGGCUUUACGGUCAGGUCGGUGCCAUCAUCAAGAAAUCGGGAGCUGCCGAGUACGGCGCCACGGUCGAGCAGUUUGCUCACCCUUGGGGCCAGUUUAGCAUUAUUACCCGCAUUCCGGGCAAGUCGAACAAGACGGUGGUGCUCUCGGCACACCAGGAUAGCAUCAACCUGUUCCUGCCAUCCAUUUUUGCUGCUCCGGGCGCUGAUGACGACGGAAGCGGCACUGUGACUAUUCUAGAAGUCCUGCGGACACUGCUGCUGUCGGAGGAUGUCGUGUCUGGCAAUGCUAGUAAUACGCUUGAAUUCCACUGGUACUCUGCAGAAGAGGGUGGACUGCUCGGCUCGCAAGCCGUUUACGAAAACUAUCGGGCCAAUGACCGGGAUAUCAAGGCCAUGCUCCAGCAGGACAUGACCGGCUACAGCCAAGGGACUCUUGACGCCGGGCGCGAAGAGGCGGUUGGUGUGAUUAUUGACUAUGUCGACAAGCCUCUUACGGAUUUCAUUAAGCGCAUUAUCACUGAGUACUGCGACAUCCCCUUUGUCGAGACCAAAUGCGGCUACGCCUGCUCCGACCACGCCUCUGCCAGCCGAUAUGGCUAUCCCUCGGCGUUUGUGAUUGAAUCCGAGUUCCAGGACUCUGACAAGAAGAUCCACACCACCGACGACGUGAUUGAGUAUUUGGAUUUUGACCACAUGAUCCAGCAUGCCAAGAUGAGUCUGGCUUUUGCGUAUGAGCUUGCAUUUGCUGUGUUUUGA